CUUCGGCUCGGCGCUCAGUUCAGCCUGGAACCUUGCCGCCGUCAGUCACUUCCACUUUCCAGGCGCGCUGUUUCGGUUUCUAGCCUUCCAACAGGUGUAAACAUUUUUAAUUAGUGCUGUUCGUUCCAAUCCCCGUUAUCAGUCGCGUAGUGCCAAUCGUCCAUGUGUAUCUCAAGUACUCGGGGUCGAUUCGCUUUCGGCUAAUCACCUGCAUCAAUAAAAAUUGGGGGUUAUUGCUCCGAAGACAUAAAUUCCUUCCAGACGGCAGUGAAACAAAUGCGAGCUCUCCGGUGCUCGGCAAACGACAAAACUAAAAACAUUAAAAAUGCAUAUUUUCUAGCAGUGCGUCGCCAGCUUUUAUCAUUGGCCAGAAAGGCAAAAGGCGCAGUCCACCAGCAGCUGUGCCAGGAAAAUACGGCGGGAAGCUAAGAGACACGUCGGUGGCGAAUUGGAUUUGACUGCGGAGGAUUUCGAGUCCGAGUCGGAAACUUCUUUAGUCAGCAGCCGAGGGAACGCAGGAUAAUUCACAUUUUUUCACGGGACUGGCACCGAAAUGGCUUUCCUAUGUGCACCGCUGGCCAGAGUAAUGACAUGGCGACCAUUGGUGACCUAUCGAUGAUCUCACCGCCCACGUCUUCCAUCUCGAACGACCAAGAUCCGUUUGGACAGCUGCCCCCGCUACCGCCGCCACUGCGUUCCACCCAAGUGCUCCAGCCGCUGAGCGUGUUUCCAGUGUCCAAUUUGAGCGAAGAUUCCUACGAUUAUGUUUUUGGUGGUCGACGUAAGACUCCGCCCACAACAACGUCAACACAACUCAAGCUGACCUCACCGCCCGUGCGCUUGCGACCCGAAGACGCCUAUCGCGGAGCUAACAUAAACAACGGAAGGUUCUAUCGUCACUCCUUCAGCUACGCCCCCAAGAGGCAGCGCCACUCGAGUCGGGAUGAUCGAGACCGCGAGUCUAGGUUGAGAUGUCAUGGCGAGGACGAGGCCACACUGCGCCAAUUGCUGCUCGAUUUGCAAAAGCAAGUUAGCGUGAUGAGCAUGAAUCUGUCAGCGAAACUCGAUGAGCUGCAGCGGGGAGAUCGACACCUGGAGACGACGGUCGCCCUGUGCGAGAUCCGCACCCAGCUCCAGGAGCUGACCAAGUCCGUGGAGAGCUGCCAGAGCGAAGUGUCCGAGGUGAAGCGCGAUAUGGUGGCCAUAAAGCACGAACUGGACACCGUGCAGCAGGUGAAGGAGGAGAUCGAGGAGCUGCGCGAAUACGUCGACCGACUGGAGGAGCACACGCACAGACGGAAGCUAAGACUUUUAGAACAAGUUUGUAGCUUAAAUUAUUUGCCAUGUUGUGGUCUCACCUUCUUCCUCACCUACUCGAUCUUCUCGGCGGUGCUGGGCAUGCUGCAGUUCGGCUACAACACCGGCGUCAUCAACGCGCCCGAGAAGAACAUCGAGAACUUCAUGAAGGACGUCUACAAGGACCGCUACGGCGAGGACAUCAGCGAGGAGUUCAUCCAGCAGCUCUACUCGGUGGCGGUCUCCAUUUUCGCCAUCGGCGGCAUGCUGGGCGGUUUCAGCGGCGGCUGGAUGGCCAACCGCUUUGGCAGAAAAGGCGGCCUACUGUUAAACAAUGUGCUCGGAAUCGCCGGCGCCUGUUUGAUGGGAUUUACCAAAGUUAGUCAUUCCUAUGAAAUGUUAUUCCUUGGCCGAUUUAUAAUUGGUGUUAAUUGCGGCCUCAACACGUCGCUGGUGCCCAUGUACAUCUCGGAGAUAGCGCCACUGAACCUGCGCGGUGGCUUAGGUACUGUUAAUCAAUUGGCUGUGACUGUAGGUUUACUAUUAUCCCAAGUGCUGGGCAUCGAGCAGAUCCUGGGCACCAACGAGGGGUGGCCCAUCCUGCUGGGCCUGGCCAUCUGCCCGGCGAUCCUGCAACUCAUCCUGCUGCCCGUCUGCCCGGAGUCGCCCAGAUACCUGCUCAUCACCAAGCAGUGGGAGGAGGAGGCGCGCAAAGCCCUGCGCCGACUGCGAGCCUCCGGUUCCGUGGAGGAGGACAUCGAGGAGAUGCGGGCCGAGGAGCGGGCCCAGCAGUCCGAGAGCCACAUAUCGACCAUGGAGCUGAUCUGCUCGCCCACCCUGCGCCCUCCCCUGAUCAUCGGCAUCGUGAUGCAGCUGAGCCAGCAGUUCAGCGGCAUCAACGCCGUCUUCUACUACUCCACGUCGCUCUUCAUGAGCUCGGGAUUGACUGAGGAGAGCGCCAAGUUCGCCACGAUAGGCAUCGGCGCCAUAAUGGUUGUUAUGACCCUCGUCUCCAUUCCGCUGAUGGAUCGCACGGGUCGCCGGACCCUGCACCUCUACGGCCUGGGCGGGAUGUUCAUAUUCUCCAUCUUCAUCACCAUCUCGUUCCUGAUCAAGGAAAUGAUCGACUGGAUGUCCUACCUCUCGGUGGUGGCCACCCUCGGCUUCGUGGUCUUCUUCGCGGUGGGACCUGGAUCGAUUCCCUGGAUGAUCACCGCGGAGCUCUUCUCCCAGGGACCCCGGCCCAGUGCCAUGGCCAUCGCGGUGCUGGUCAACUGGAUGGCCAACUUCGUGGUCGGCAUUGGUUUCCCCAGCAUGAAGACUGCCCUGGAGAACUACACGUUCUUGCCCUUCAGCGUGUUCCUGGCCAUCUUCUGGAUAUUCACCUAUAAGAAGGUGCCCGAGACGAAGAACAAGACCUUCGAGGAGAUCCUGGCCCUCUUCCGGCACAACAACGGCAGGAGUAUGCUAAACUGCACAAAUAGCUUGGAGCCACAAAGUAUGAAUUCUGGCAUCGAGCAUGCCGCCUUGAUGGUAUCUGAGGAGAAGACCCAACAUGACUCACUGUUUGGUACGACCUCGUUUUCCCUGACGGUUGAAGGCAUGGGUCCCUAUCCGCUGAGCGACAGCACCAACCUCCUGGGCCCCGGGUCGAGCGCCUACGGCCCGGGCGGAGUGCUCGGUUCCGGCCCGGGAUCCGCAGCGGGUGGUCAGUGCUACACGAACUACGGCACCAACCUGCAAACGCCGCAGGCGGCGAGAAAGUGCCACUACGACGAGGUCGACGACUACAGCUUCCGCCGGCACUCGGCGCACGGAAGGAUUACGCAAGUGAAGGGGAGACCACUGAUCUUGGGACCAACUGUCAAAAAGAACCAAAAGAAGCGAACCGAUUGGCUAACUGCAUCCGAGCGAUUUUUAGAAGGCGGCCGAAGUACACACCAGGGCCGGAGCGCUGCCUCUGCGCCCCAUCACCCUCGUCAGCCUCCACCUGUCUGCCCGAGCAGCGGGCCUUGACUGAGGAGCGCCUCGCCUCCUGACUCUGCCAGUGUUCGGUCCACGAGUCGCGCUGAGGAGGUGCCCCCCCAGCAGCAGCAGCAGCAGCAGCAGGCGCUCCAGGCGCACCACCAGCAGCCGCCGCAGUCCCGCUAUGCCACCCACGAAUACGUACACUGUAGCUAUGAGAAGGAAGUCGUGUGUGACCAGGCCAACCCCUCGCAGCAGCAGGUAGCCCCACCUGCAGCACAUCCACCGCCACCGCCAUUGCACCACUGCCAGCAGCAACAGCAACAGCCUCAGCAGCAACAUCAGCAACAUCAGCAACGCAAGCACAGCCACAGCCCGCACCACAGUCGCCACACCUCGCCGCACUCGCACCACCACCACUCGCACCACUCGAGCCGCCACAGCCGCCGGAGUCGCCGCCAGGGCAGCGGCAGUCUGCCGGGAGCCCACCAGGCCGGGUCCGCCGGCCACGCCAGCUCGGCGGUGCGUCCCUCGAUCUGCACCAGUCGUCGCCACCGCUCCGUCACCGACAUACCCACGUCGAACCUGUGCCACGACCCGGCCUGCUCGGACCGGGAGGUGCAGGAGAUCCUCGUGAGACGCGCCUGCUGCAACACCACUACCAACACCAACAGCUCCUCGCGCACCGAACUGGCCCAGUGCUUCGCCGAGGAGCUCUACGGCUCGUCCAGGAGACCCAGUAGCUGCUGCACCAGCUCCGACUACUGCUACCAGACGGACUCCACCAGUCUGUACGGCUCGCGGUCCUCGCUGAGCAGGAACAACUCGAUCAAGUCCGCCUCGGUCCUGGUGCGCAAGCACCACAGGAGCCAGCGGAGUCUCUUGCCGGAGCAUCGCCACCCCAGCUACACCUCCAUAUCCCUGCGGGGCCUGAACGCCAGUCGGCCCAACAGUCAGCUGGGCUCCCUAACCUCCAUUUUCGACCGGGCCAAGAACAUGGCGCCCGAGCAGGGAUCCACCCUGGAGCGCCAGAGCUCAAAGGGCGCCCUGGGCAGCGCCGAGCUGCCGGAGUACGCCUGCUCGCCGUCGCCCAUCCGCUGGAGCUUCCUGGCCGAUGGCAGAUCCCCCUCGGAGAUGGAGGGGGCUGUGGGCGGAGUGGCGGCUGCCGAGCGGGACAGCGAGGAGGAUAAGCUGGAUGCCUGGCAGGUUCCCGAGCCGGAGCCGGAGAAGAAGCCCUGCAGGAAGAUCACGAGCACCUCUGUGUACGACGAGGGGCCCAGCACCUCGGCGGCGGCGGCCCGCAGGCGGCGGGGCAGCAAGGGAAGUCGCGGGAGCAAGGGCAGCGCCGGCAGCUACCACUGCGAGUUCGAGGAGGAGGCCACCACCACGGUGAUGUUCCACCAGGACGCCGGCGAGGCGUACAACAACUGCUGCAGCAACAACUACAACUACAUACAGUGCAACAGCUACCUGGACCAGGACCUGCAGAUCACCAGCGAGGACAUCCACCAGUACCUCUCCAAGGGCGACGCCGCGGCCAGCGACAUCCUGAACAACUCGAAGAACUACCCCUUCCAGCCGUCGAACGCCCUGGAGUUCCAGUACAAGAACAACUUCCAGCAGGGGCAGAGUGCGAAUCCGAACAACAACAACACCAACACCACGAACACAGCCUCCAGCGAUGCGGCCGAGUGCUUCCAGAGCUACAACAGGGCCAGCUCGAAGGAGACCAAUCUGAACCAGAGCUCCGCCGAGCAGCUCUCGCCCACGAACAUCAACCUGUCGACGAGCUCGAACAACAUCAACAUCGUGUUCAGCAGCAGUCUGGAGCGGAACGCCAACGAGGUGAAGUUCAUCAACAACAGGAGUGGUGGUGCCGGUGGCUCGGAGGUGCAGGGGUGCGAGGUGGGUCACCACGCCGGCUACCUGCCCUACACCUAUCCCAGCUACGACUACACGAACAUGUCGGGGAACUCGCACUUCGAGAAGCCCAUCGGGAUAGACGAGUUGCCCAAGGAGUUCGGCGGCCUGGAGGGAGCGCCCUCCACCACCAGCGAGCACUCCUCGUCGCUGCCGUCGCCGCAGCCUCUGACGCACCACCAGCAGCUGCACCACUUCGAGUCCUUCGACGCCGCCUCCGAGCACAACCUGCUGGCUGCCCAGCCCCUUUCCCCGGGCUCUCCGGGCGGCUCGGUGAACCCCGCCGGGGACGACUUUGUCCAGAUGCAUCACUACCACCACGCCACCUCACCGCACUCACAACCGCACCACAGCCACAGCCACGCCCACACCCACGCCCACCACGCGCACCACCACCUGCUCAACCACCACCCCGCCACCGCUUACGACCUGGGCGACGAGCAGUUCCGCCUGGGAUCGGCGCUGAAGCGAGUGCGCAAGCGAGCACGCAAGUACACCGACUUCCUGCGCAAGAAGUGAGUGCCACGGACUCACUGCAUCCUCCCGUAGAUUCACCCUACUUUGGCCGCAAGUAUCUGGUGGUCUCGAAGCGACGCUCGCAGAGCCUGGACGAAGACUAAUCGCGUUCGUGUGGCGACUGGACGAGCGAUUACUGAAGCAUUCGCGGUGCUGGACAGCCGAUCGAGAGCCAUACCUACAUUUAACUACAAUUUUUACACUGCCAAAAAUUAAGAGAAUUAAAAUUAAUUUCGUGCUAAGCCAAAACUCUGUUUAAAGCGAGGAUCAGAAGAUGGUACACCCUUGCACUGCGGGAAGGUGGACUGUGAGGGUUUGAAAAAUGAGAUCCGAGGAAACUCCGCAAAAGGUUCUUUGAAAAUGAUAUGUUCUGAGGAACUGUCUUGAGGAGUUUCUUGAGGCACCAUUUAGCAACCCCCAGAAGAACACCCUCCCUGCGGCACAAGCCACACACACGAAUCACAUCGGCUGCAAACACAAGAGAAGGACGAACAACGACUAUUUUAAAGAAGAGAAAGUAAUUACUUAAGCAACAGUGCGUAUACAUAAUAAAUAGAAGCGACAGGCGGGCGGAGAGCAUUUGUAUAUUCAACUUAAACAUUAAGCGAAGGUUUUGAAUUUGCAUAUUAAAAGGACUAAACACUAGACCCAGAUACAUAGUUAAGAGCCAAGGCAAAUGGAAAUAAUAAUGCACACACCUACUCAAGCCUAGAGGAUAGACAACCAAUCUAACAUACCAGUUAAAGUAGCUAUAAGAUGCUAAGGGAUCGAGGGGAUCGCAGGGAUCGCACGUAUCCGGUCGGAGCAGCGCCACAAGAUUUAGAGUUUCAGCAACCGCAACUGCAAACGCAACUGCAACUAAAUAAUAAUAUUAACCAUUAAUUAACGAACAAACAGCAAAACGACGGAGACGAGGACAGCAACUGUAGUUUGGCGCACUAAGGGCAACAAGUUUAAUGUUUAAAUAUUAGAGGAGAAGAAAGUGUUAGGAUUACACGGAGAAGUGAGAGUUUUGUUAGCAUUUAUUUGAUAUGCGCAUUUUUUCAGGGACUGCUUGCGAUUUUUGUAACAAAGCAAUAAGCCGUUUUGCUCAAGGAUUGAACACGUUUCCGUUUUUAUCCAAAGAAACCCCACAUCCAUUCGAUUAGCCGCGAUUUUGUUUCAAGUGUAUUAGCCCCAACAACUGUCUUCCAACUAUACUUUCUAGUACCUCUCAGUAGCCUCAGUUGCUUUCGAAAACCCAAACAACUAAGCGUAAACUAAGCACUCCAACCUAAUUUAAUGGCCGUUGAAUCAGACGUACCUUGCGUGAGAACAAACCGAAAAAUUGUAAAUAUCUGCUGUUGAUUAUUUAAUAACCUAAUUUACGAGCAACUAACUAAACGAACUUUAUUUGUAGACGUUAGCCGAGGCGAAUCAUUAUGUACUAGUGAACCGAAAAUAAUAAAUAUAAAUGCACUGCCAAAAACCAAGGUUUUAAAUAAAUGAACAACAAGAACGAGAUCCAAUUGGAGACUCGAAAAGUAUGUAGAAAACACAAGAGGAUCAAGUUCGCAAAACCAAAUCGAAAAUGAAAACUGCUGUAAAUAUAAGAAUGAAUACAUAUAGAGAAAUCAUAGACAUUUUUUAAAGGCACAUUAAUUACGAGGAGCAUGCAAUUUGCAGAUUUUUUACAUUAUUUUAAUGAACUAAGCAAACAAUAAUGAGUUAAACGGAAUUACAAAACAAAAUAAAAGAAAACAAUUAAAAGCCGCGCGGCCGAGCGAUUUUGUAACAAAAUCAAAAGACAGAAUGUUAACAUUGCGUAAAGUUAAAUCGAGUAUAAACAUAACAACGGGCACCACAAAAGGCGGGAAAAGUAAAAUAACACGGACUGGUCAUGAGUUGUGUGCACUAUUCGAACUGUAAAUAACAGAUCAGAAGUCGUAACACUUAGCCGUAAAAUCUUCCCAAAACGCGAGCCCCGUUAAUCACUGGGGUUUCGAAAACACUUAUUUGGAUGCCUAUAAGUAUGCAACAAAAAAUCGAAGGGUUUGCUUGUUGAACAUAUUUCACUGCAUAUUUUCAGGCACCUUUAUGAACGGUUUCAGAACUCUUGCGAUUUCCGAGGCACCCCCAUUAUCCAGUAAUAGAAAAACGACUACGAAAAAAACUUAAGCCAAGGCAAAUCCUUUUAAAGUUCUCGUAGACUCAAACUUUCCAGUUGAAACCAAAGACCCCAAAUCGAUGAGAUUUCUCGGGCCACGAUAAUCACAAGCCACAAAAACCAAAGCCAGCUGCAAGAAUUAGUGGAUGCCGUUUGAAAUAUAUAGCUGAAUUAACACAAUUAACCAUGGCAUUAUACCCUAGCGAUUUUUUUACCUGUUUGUACUUCAGUUUGUGGUUCGUUCUAGCAUUUGUCAUAGCCACAUAUAGUUGUGUACAUACCUAGUUAAAAUUGUGCAUACAAAACGGUUAUCUUAAGUAUAUAAAUACACGCAGAGGUGAAUACUAGACAGACCCCGAAUAAUCACACUCAAACAAAACACUGGUACAGACUUGACAGACGAAUCCGUACUCUGACACACUGAGAGUAAUCGGAGGAGGGAAUAACGCGGAAUAAUAAUUACAUUAUUAAUACACAACAAUAAACUUGAACCUAGGUAUAUGAUUCUGAAUUUAAAUAAUUUUUAGUAAAGCAGAACAAAGAAACAAAAGCAAAAACGGAACUCUAAACACUUGAAUGAAAUUAAAAGACAACUUAUUAAAAAUACAAAUAAAAAUUGAUGAAUUAAGUAAAGUAAAUUGCUCAAUUUAGCAGAGAGUAUAAAUAAAGAAUUAUACGUUAAGUAAUAAUUUCAAAAUA